GGGAGGAGGACUGGGGCGCUUCCUGUGGUUGGCACUAGCCUAAAAAAGCUCCAUAAACAGAAUCGCGGCCGAAUGUCUUUUCAAUGCAACGAAAAUGGUGAAGUGUGGGAAAAGGUGGGCAUUGAAUAAAGGCUUCGACAGCUCGAACCAUGACAGAGGCGUCGGAGGAUGGUAACUAUCUGGUGAGGGUUCGUGCCCAGGUAAUGACAAGGGAUGAUAGUUCCGGUGGUUGGGUUCCUUUAGGUGGGGGUGGUUUAGCAAAUGUUUCGGUUAGAAGAAGAGCUACUUCUUCAGGUGGGCAUCAGUCCAAUAAUACCAAUGGAUCUGGUAUUACUACUUCGACUGUCAUAUCUUCUACUACAAACUCUACACAAUUUGUAUCAACUACAGCUGUCACUACAACCCAAAGUCAUGGAUCUUCUAGCAGUUCCCCACCUGGUGCAACCAAGAAGAGGCAUGAGUAUCUUAUUUAUGGGAAACGAAUCACUGAUCAAGCAGUUGUUCUUAGCUGUACAAUUAAAAAAGAUUUUGAAUAUAGCAAGGUAAUGCCAACUUUUCAUCACUGGAAGACAGGAGAGAAAAAAUUUGGUCUGACAUUUCAAACAGCUGCUGAUGCAAGAGCUUUUGAUAAAGGUGUUUGUACAGCUGUUGAAGAAUUAUUAGAAGGGUUGGCUAAUUCAACAUUGUGCGGUAAUUCAUUAGAUGCUGGCGAUGAGGAUGUUUUUAUGAAUUGGAACUUGCCUGCGGAACCACCGAAGCCACAUCCGUCAUCAGACACAUCUCAUGGCAUAGUUCGAGUGCCCAAUUAUCAUUCCCAGUGUUCAGAUCUUCCCGAUUCACAUAAACCUAUCCAUUAUAUUGGUGGAUCAAAUAUAAAAGUACCGCCAUCUCAACAUCCUUUGGCAUCGACUGCAGAUAUUGGAUCGGAUAACUAUCCGUAUGUGCAGCUCACACCGCUUAAUCACGAAUAUUUAUAUCCUAAUAUCGAUGAUCAUAAAGGAGACCGGUUAGAUAGACAUAAUACUGGUGGUUCUUUGAAGAAACCAGAUAUUAUAGUAUCUCAACCCACAAAAAAUACUAUGAAACGUAAUGUUCAAUUACAAUGUAAGCAUUGCCAAGAGUUGUAUACAGAACAGCAUAAUCCUCGAGGAUCUUGUGAAUUCGCUCCUGAUCCAGUUAAACGUGGAAUCGCAAAAAUUUCGUGUCUGUCGUGUGCUCAGGGCAUGUUAUACCACUGUAUGAGUGAUGCUGAAGGCGAUUUCUCCCAGAAUCCUUGCAGUUGUAGCACAGAAGAAGGAUGUGGACGCAGGUGGUUUGGUUUGGCAUUAUUGUCACUGAUCGUUCCUUGCUUGUGGAUUUAUCCUCCACUCAGAGCUGUUCAUUGGUGUGGCACGUCCUGUGGAAUGUGCGGAGGGCGUCACCAUCCGAUGGAAUAA